AUGGGCAAUCAGGUCUUUGAAACUAAAGUCAACUCACGGAAGGUGGAAUUGUGUCUACAGAGUUUCUCGCUUAGGAAUGAUUAUGCAGAUCUCCUUGAAGAGAAUACAGCUAGUGUUUGGAAGAGCAGAGCAAGCUAUAGCUCUGAAAACUGGAACAAUGAAGAUGGGCAGCAUGCAGGAUCGUCCCGUGAUUCAACAGUCGGACCCUCAGGUUUGAAAAUUAUUUCUGAGGAAGAACUAACUGAAAUAUCUGAGAUUAGGCCAAUUCUACACAGUUUUCAUUUGAUGGCGACCCUCAGAAGUAUGAUUGAAGCCAUUGAAAAGCAGAUGGCAAGAAAUGAAACCUUCGUGGAAUUUUUGUCUUUAGAAAACAUAAAGCCACUUGAUAACUGCAUCUUGGGAAAUGCUCCACAAAACAGAGAGAAAAACAGAUACCGAGAUAUUGUUCCAUAUGAUGGUACACGGGUUCCACUUGGAGAAAGGCAGGAUUACAUUAAUGCAAGUUAUAUCCGAAUAUUGAAUUCAGGGGAAGAAUACUUUUACAUUGCAACCCAAGGACCCCUACCAGGAACCACGGAAGACUUUUGGCAAAUGGUUUGGGAAAAUAAAUCUAAUGUCAUUGCCAUGAUGACCAAAGAGAUAGAGGAUGGAAUCAUCAAAUGCCACCAUUAUUGGCCCAGUUCUCUGAAUAAGCCUUUGGAGCUUCAAAACUAUAUUAUUGCACUGGAGAAUUACCAGAUACUGGAAAGUUUUACAAUUCGAGUGUUUAAAAUGGUUAAAAAGACAGGAUCCGUUCACUUUGUGCAUCAGAUACAAUUCAUUAACUGGCCAGACCAUGGCAUUCCCACAUCUUUCGAUGGUUUUGUGAAGUAUGUUCGAUACAUGAAGAAGAUCCAUGAGACGGGACCCAUCAUUGCCCACUGCAGUGCAGGCAUAGGGAGGACUGGGGUCCUCUUGUGUGUGGACAUUGUGCUUCGUGCCCUAGAAAAAGACUUUGAUUUCAAUAUCAAGAAUAUCGUGACCCAAAUGAGAGAGCAACGUUUUGGCAUGAUUCAGACCAAGGAGCAGUAUCACUUUUGUUAUGAAAUCGUGCUUUACGUUCUACGGAAAAUUCUAACUUCUACACUCAGUUCCAUCGAAUAA